UCAAAAAAACCAUAAAUAAAUAAUAAGUUUGACAAUGUAUAUCUAUAAACAAACAAAAUAGGAUUUACUGUUUCAGAAUCAAGAAAAUGCCGACAUAAAAAGAAAUAGUAGUUAAAAGAAAACGAAGAGCAGGUUUGAGAAUUAGAAUGGAAAGUGGACUGUUGAAGUUCAAAUUACGAAAACGAAGAGCCCGCAUUACAUAAAAAGCCCAAAAGACAAAGCCUUGAAAUGGACGACACGCAAAUGGAAUCGAUCAAUCGAGGAGACACUUUGCCAUCUCACCCCAUCCACAGAGACAGAGAGAGCGAUAUGCAAAUGCCAAGUGUCGUUCGCUGAAACAUCCUCUCAGCUGCAACCAACACAAACAAAAGGGAGAAAAUAACAACAUUCCCCCUCCAUCUCUCCCUCCUUUUUUAGAUUUCUUCUGUUUUCUCUCUUUCUCUUUUUGGUGGAGGAUUGAACAUAUUUUUUAUUUCCUUUCUUUUUCUCAGCAAAGUAUCUUCUUCAUCUUUCAUUGUCUGUGUAUCUUCCUAUUGCCAUAUAUAACUAUUUGGCGGGAGGGAUGGGAAUCAGCUUCAAAUUUUGGGAUGAGUGCGUUGAUCCUCAGGACAUGGAAGCAAUGUGGCGAGAACCUGAAGUCACCACUGAAUGGUUAGAUGCUGGAGAGGUUAAAGGGCAGAAAAUUCACCUUUCCCGUGAUCCUGAUGGACAACCUUAUUUGACUCAAACGGAGAUGAAGGCUGUAGCUGAUAUUAUUGUCCGCAGAUAUUUUGAUUCGCAGAUUCUUCCUGAUAUGCUAUGUGCUAUUGCUGAACUAGCAAGUGAUAGGCUGCUGCUCGCUACAAAUUAUGACAAGAAAACUAAGCAGACUACCAUGGGAAUCAUGCAAAUUUUGCCAAAAACAGCAGAGUGGCUAGUCAGAGAUUUGGGGUACCGGAUUUAUGACGUAGAAGAGAAUCCAGACAUUCUAUAUAGGCCUUUUGUCAGUGUAUAUUUUGGGGCAGCUUACCUUAAAUGGUUAUCAAACUUUGAGCAAAAAGAAAGAAGUGAAGAGUUUGUUGUUAGGGCAUAUAAAGGUGGUAUAAAGAAGGCAACUCAUAAGUCGACUUUGCACUAUUGGAAACGGUAUCUUUCAGUUAAAGAAAGUCUCCCAUUCAGAUUUGUUGAUGAUGGUCCUUCAGUAAACCCUUGUUGUCCUCCUUCUGCACCAGCCUUAGCUGCUUCACAAAACACAGCAUCAAACUCAGAUGGCCAAUAUGUACAUUGGGACUCUAAAACUUCCCCAGAAGACAUGCUGGAGAUGUGGAGUAAUGCUGAUGUUACUAAAGAGUGGACGAAAUCUGGAGAGAGACGUGGAAAAGUGCGCUUUUCACAUGAUAAGGACAAGAGACCAUAUCUUUCCCGGAUAGAAGUAAAGGCAGUUGCAGAAAUAAUUCUUUCAAAGUACUUCAGUACUAGGGCAGUUAAACCUUCAAUCCUUUGUGCUCUUGCUGAGAUGGUUAGUAUGCGUUUUGUGAAUGGGGUUGGACCCCGGACUGGACUAAUGGGAAUUGACUACUCUACAGCUUUCUGGCUUUACAUGGAGUUGGGUUAUAGGGCUUACAGGGUUGACUCUGUUGAUGAUCUAACGAAGCCAUUUGUGUCCAUGUACUUUGGUGCGGCCUACCUAGCUUAUUUAUCAGAAUAUGAGGGGAGGGAAAGAACUCCACAGUUUGUUGUUCAGGCUUAUCUUGGUGGGCCAAAGAAUGUGAAUCUUCAGGAGACUGGUCCUCUUUGGCUUAAAUUCGAGCAAGCUUUGGGAAAUUAUGAAGAUAUAAAAAAGGAUCCAGGAAGCUGCACCAUCUUGUAAACUGACAUUAAUGUUGCACCAUUCUUCAAGUUGGCACUGGAUGAUUGAUGCCUAUGCUGUAUUUAUUAAUUUGAUGUGCUUCUCUUUUCUUUCUUUCCUAUUUUUGUUAAUAGAUUGAUUUGUAAGCAAAGUCGACAAAUGUUUUCUUUUACACAUGCCAUAAUUACAGAUGAAGCGUGCAUUAUUAUGAA